UCAGAUACACUAAAAGUGUUCCCAUGUGAAUGUCCCUAAAGAAUUAAAAAACGAAGUUCUGCUCCAACGACCUUAAUUUCCCGCCAAAAGUGAGCCUGUUAAACACGACAUUUCUAAAACUACUCGCAACUUGGWAGUCGAGAAUAAGAUAUACAAACUAAGUAAAUUCUAUGUUUUCUCUUAUAAUAACGAUGCAAUCUAGGGAUAGAGCAAAGUAGAAAGCCGAACACAUUUAUAAGAAAGUUUAUGCUGACAACAAACAUAGCAAGUCUUUGUGAUUUUAACGGAGCGCGCUGAUUGGUCGAGUCCACGUGUUCGACUUAUCGUAUGAUUACCGUACUUGAGUCAAACCACCGCUCUUUUAGAAGUGUUUUUCACUCACUCAUUUAUGAAGUUAUAAAGCUUUCCCCUCUAUUGAGAGGAUGAAGAAUUCCAUAAUUUCUACGUGUAGUUAUGUGCGAAAAAUAAACUCGAGAUUGUUCGUGUGUCCUUACUCACAGUGAUUGUUUUCUUGUCGUAAAUACUCAAAGACCAAACAACAAAGCCAAACAAAAAGUAGAGCGAGUCUGCAGGAACACUACGCCCGCUAUUUUCUUUGUCUUUCAGUCGAUGAAUUAAAGAUAAUACGACAAUGACAGCUGGGCUGCUUUGUUAAGAUCUCAAUUAGCAUAAUCGAUGGCUGAAACGGAUGAACAACAGACAUUGAUUGCCACCCGCAUAGGGGCACUCUGYUUGAUAAAUUAAAAUUUUAAGAUCUUUAAAAACCUCUAGCAACGACCACAUUAGCAAGAGGCGUUCAAACUGUGGUGUCGUCGAAGUAGUAUUACGUAACUUUUGGUGCCUAACGCUUUUAGCUUUUUUUAACACCUUAAAAGACUCUGCCUAGGGCAAGUGUAGGCAUGCAUGUGUAUGUAGUAUUUUACAGUCUUGUCUUGAGUACAGCCAAAACCACAUCUUUCGUCCGUGGGGUAGACUCUCUUCACUGACUGCACAGACAAGCAAAAGCCUUUGAACACAAAAUCUUUCCAACCAAGGUUACUCGAGAAGGCAAUCUGGUUCGACAGUCUUGGAAUUACAAGGGCUGAUGGCUAGUGAAGACGACAACACGGAGUGUGAUGCUGUUAUGGAAAAGRAGCAAGAAAGCAAGAAAGUUUACGCAGAAGAUGGAAAACUCACAACUAAUAACGAUUCUGACAGCGAAUGUAAGCCUCUAGUAGACGAAAUAGCGGCAAAUUAUCUCGCUAAAGGUACUGGUCUAACACAGAAUGAUUUGGACAAAGAUUUGUACUCAAACGAGAGGACAAAUAACAGUAGCAACAACGACGAAMGGCCGUUCACAGAGUGCGUUCCUAGUGUUAAGGAACCUUCGUACCUAGAAAUAACAUCACAAAACAACAAUGAAAAUAGAAUAUCAAAAACUAAAGAUGAACUUGAUGAUGAAAACUGUCGUAAAAGUGGAGAAGAAAUAUUGGAAUUGGACUUGGCAGAUUUACAAAGCAGUCCAGCUUUACUAAAGCCUCAAACUUCAUGUUUAGAUAUUCGGAAUACCGGUGAUAACAAAGACAAUACAUCUACAGAUAACGAUAAGGAUAGUAMAAGCCACAGUGUAAUUGAUUUAUCAGAUCAUGUAGAAAACACACAGGUUUACGAAGAACGAGACAUUAUUGAUUUGGAAGGAGACACAUGCAGGAUCUGUCAUUGUGGAGAUGAAACGGAGGUGCUUAUGAGUCCAUGUCUAUGCACUGGAACAGUCAAAUACGUGCAUCAAUCGUGUCUCAUGGACUGGCUGAAGCGAUGUGUAAAGACAAAAUGUGAACUAUGUUUAUAUAAUUUUUCUGUACAUCGGAAGACAAAACCUCUGAAGAAGUGGCGUCGCCCUGAUCAGAAGCCAACGCCCAUCAUCUGGCUCUUGACCUUCGUUGUAGCCCUGACCCUAAACAUUGCUUCUAUCGCUAAAGAUGGCAGUCAGAAGUGUGUCUCCAACCCGUGUAUUAUCUUCUACGUGGUGGGCGCCUUGGGAGCCAUGCUGGGGUUCGCUUUCUUUUACCAUUGGUUGAUAGUUAGUAUCAGAUAUAUAAAGCAAUGGAUGGCGCUGAAUGAGGAAUGGACGCUUGUGGAAUCUGAUAAAACUAAGGUCAUUAAAGGCGAGGAAAACAUGGCUGCAUCGAACAAGUCUAUUGAAAGCAAAGACCAAAGAAUUGAAGUCCAAGUUGUGUAAUACGCAUGAGUGUAGAUACGUUUGUUGCGGCUGGCAAGAAGUAACGCAGGCUACGGGAACAAAAUAAAACGUCCCACACGAGUAAAAAAAAAAAAGGGAUUUGGACGAAAAUAUAAU